UUUGCGGCUUACGCCUUCCAAGAACUAAUUUGUGACAUUAUUUUAACGGAGGAAUUUGGAAAGAUCGGUAUCAAGAUGCAAAAUAUUGCAAAUUGGUGGACUCGAGCCGAAUUGCUGGCGGGAGAGCAUGAAGGCUGUGCAGCGUCUCGGAUGUGGCGUAGUGCAUGUGCCACGCUGGUCGCUCCACAUUCAGAAGAGGCCUGGAGCGAGAUAUCCACUGCCUCGCCACCUGACUCUGUCUGGCAUUCGCUGAGGAACUGCGUCGCUUAUCAGGCAGGUGUCUGGCACAGUAUGUUGCUCAAAGGAGUGGAUGACGUGAUACAGCCCGCUGCAUUCAAACUGGCGAUGGUUUUGAGACACACGCCUUCCGAACUGACUGUUAGGUUGCUUGCUGAGUUGCUGCAGUUACAUCCACAAUCACAAGACCUAACAUCCUACAUCCUAACACUGCUAACAGACGACGAGGCAUUUUGCAGCAGUUGCAACGACAGCCCCUCAGAGCCAGAAGCAGACACUCCUAUUGGAGCCAGUCCUACAGAGGAGCCAGAAACGGACACUGCUAUAAGUGUCAGUCCCAUAGAUGGGCCAGAAAUGGGCUCCGCUAUAGUCAGCUCCACAGAUGAGCCAGAAAUAGGCUCUGCUAUAGUCAGUUCCACAAAUGAGCCAGAAAUGGACUCCGCUGUAGUCAGUUCCACAGAGGGGCCAGAAAUGGUCUCCAGUACAGGUAUAACAGUACCUCUGCGAGAUCUACAGUUGUUCGGAGACUGUGAGCUGGCAGUAUUGUCAGCUUCACGGGAGGAAUAUGAUGCACAUGCCAAAUUGGUGCGAGCAGAGUAUUCUAAAUUGAACCAGAAGAAUUAUGUUGAGUUGAGAAUUAAGAUACUAAACCAACUUAUACAAGUACCGAAACUAUACCAAACACCAGAGUUCGAAAGUUUCGAAGGAGCAGCCCGCGAGAACAUUGACCGAGAGAUCUGCACACUGCGGGAACACUUGCUGACCGGAAGGCAUGACUAGGGAUGGGCCGGGACUAGUUCCCGUGAUUAUGAAUAUGAAUAAACUAUAAACACUAGUAUAGUAGUAUUGUUUAAAGUGUAAUGUGAAGGUGUUGGACUGUGCCGUGUUGUGUAAAGUGUGUUGGACUGUACUAUGUUGGAACAUUGUUAAACUGUACUUUGUUAGUUGAGAGAUCUGCUCACUGCGGGAAUACUUGCUGACUAGUGAUGGAGCAGAACUAGUUUCCGUGAUUAAUAAUAUGAAUAAACUAUAAACACUGUGUAAAGUAAAGUAUGUUGGACUGUGUUAUGUUGCCUAAAGAUUACUGUGAAGAUGUUGGAUUGCACUGUGUUGUUCAAAAUAUGUUGGAACACCAAACAAUAUUGAAGUAUGCUGUGUUCUAUUAAUACUGAUGGAUAUCUAUGAUAUGAGAGUGUAGUGCUUUUGCCAGUUAAUUCUGUAUCUAAUGAAAACCUAUGCAUAAUACAUAAUCAUAUUAAAAAUGCACAAUAUUUGCAUUGCUAUUACAGUGAUGUAUUUAUAAUAUUAUUGCUAUGUCCAUUAGCAGUUUUAGUUAUUUCUGAAACUACUUAACUGAAUCUUUAAACUGUAAAAAAGAAAUAAAAUAAAUAACUGACAUAAGUAUUCACCUUAAAUUAUAACACAGUUGUCUCUUUCGCAAUAUUCUUCUGAAUCAAAUGUUUAAGGGGUAAAAUUAGAACUAGUAAAAUUAUGAAUAAAAUAAUAUGUUAAAACUGUGCUGUGCUUAGUAUUAAGAUAUAGCAUGUAGUAGUGUGCAGUGUUUAGCUUAGGAACCUUUUUAAGUUUAAGUAUAGUGGCUUGAAGUCAACUUUAUAUAUUAUGUAUUGUGUAUAUCCAAAGCAUUUGUGAUAGUGACUGCUGUGUGAUUUUAUAUUGUAAGAAAAUAAAGCUUUCUAAGUUU